GCAGAGAGCCCCACGGCGGCGGCAGCGUCAUCGCGAUGCUACUCCGCGUCGGCCUCUCGCGCCGCCGCCUCACGACGGCGGCGCUGCCCCUCUCGAUCGCCGCGCGGGGGCGGCGGCUCUCGACGGGGCCUUCGCCGCCGCCGCCUCCGCCGGCGGCGGAGUGGACCGACACGGUGGACUACCUGGACGAGUCGGGGGAGGUCCUCUCGUCGGCGCCGGGGGCGCGCGCCGCGGUGCCGGGCGCCGACGCGACCAUCCUGUCCGGCUCCUCGGCCCACCCGCUCCCGCGCCCCGCGGCGGCGGCGCGGCUGGCGGCGCUCGCGCUCCGCUUCCGCUCGGGGCCAUCCCUCUCCGCCGCGCUCUCCGCGCUGCCGUCCCAGCCCGAUCCGGCUCUCCUCCUCCUCGCCGCGUCCUCCCUCCCCGCCUCCGACCCCACCCCGCUCCUCGCCCUCGUCGCCUGGGCGCGCGUCCAGCCAUGGUUCGUCCCCUCCGACGACCUCUCCUCCCUCCUCGCCGCCCGCCUCGCCCCGGCCACCCACUCCUCCGAACUCCUCUCCCUCUUCGACGAUACCCUCGCCCUCCCCGACCCCGCCGCCUUCCCCAAGACCCUCAACGCCGUUCUCUCCGCGCUCGCCACCCAUGGCCUCCUCGAGCCCGCCUUCUUCUGCUUCAAGCGCCUCCGCGACGCGGGUUUCAGGGUCCUGGAGACGCACGCCUACAAUGCCCUCCUCUCGCUGCUGCUCACCAGGGGCCUCGCCUUCAAGGCCUUUGAGGUGCUCGACGAAAUGUCAUCGUCGGGGUGCGCGCUCGACGAGGGAACCUACGAGCUCGUGGUGCCAGCCCUUGCGCGCGCCGGGAGGAUAGAUGCCGCACGCAAGAUGUUUGAUGAAAUGAGGAAGAGGGAGGGGAUUGGGCGGGCGUCGGCUGGGAUGUACGGCGUGCUGGUGGACGUGCUGGCAAAAGCAGGGAGGCUCGAUGCUGCUAUGGGGAUGUACAGGGAGAUGGUGGCGGUGGGGCACCGUGCAAGCCCGGCGGUGAGCACAGCCGUGGUGGAGGGGCUGGUGAGGGCUGGGAAGUUGGAUGCAGGGAUGGAGCUCUGGGAGGAGAUGAGGAGGGGAGGGCUCCGUCCAAGCUUUGGUCUGUACACCAUGGUUGUCGAGGCGAAUGCACGGUCCGGGAGGUUGGAUGUUGCCACACAGUUGUUUGGUGAUAUGGAGAAGUCCGGCUUCUUCCCUACGCCAGCGACAUACGCUUGUCUGGUUGAGAUGCAUGCUUCUGCAGGGCAGGUGGAUGCUGCUAUGCGGUUGUACCACUCGAUGGCAAAUGCUGGACAACGGCCGGGGCUUAGCACAUUUACAGCAUUGCUGAUGAUGUUGGCGAAUAAGAGGAUGCUGGAUUUGGCUGCAAAGGUAUUGCUGGAGAUGAAGGCAUCAGGGUUCCCGAUAGAGGUGACCGCCAGCGACCUCCUGAUGAUUUACAUCAAGGAAGGGUCGACGGAGCUUGCACUCCGGUGGCUUCGGUUCAUGGGCUCCGCUGGCAUAAGGACCAACAAUUUCAUCAUAAGGCAGCUAUUCGAGUCAUGUAUGAAGACGGGGCUGUAUGACUCAGCACGGCCAUUGCUCGAGACAUAUGUCGCGGGGGCAGCAAAGGUGGACUUGAUACUCUACACUUCGAUCCUUGCACAUUUGGUGCGGUGCCAGGAUGAGGGACGCGAGCGGGCAAUCAUGGACAUCCUGAGUGUAAGCAAGCACAAGGCACAUGACUUCAUGUGCGGGCUGUUCACCGGGCCUGAGCAGCGCAAGAAGCCAGUGCUCUCGUUCGUCCGGGAGUUCUUCCAGGGCAUCGACUACGACAAUGAGGAGAGUGCGGCAAGGUACUUCGUGAAUGUGCUUCUCAACUAUUUAGUUCUCAUGGGGCAGAUGAACCGUGCCCGCUGUAUCUGGAAGGUCGCCUACGAGAAUAAGCUGUUUGCCAAGGCGAUCGUCUUCGACCAGCACAUCGCCUGGUCACUGGACGUCAGAAACCUCUCCGUUGGCGCAGCGCUAGUGGCAACCGUGCACACGCUGCACCGGUUCAGGAAGCGUAUGCUCUACUAUGGGGUGGUGCCGCGCCGCAUCAAGCUAGUGACUGGACCAACGCUCAAGAUGGUGGUGGCGCAGGUGCUGGCGUCGCUGGAGUCCCCCUUUGAGGUGAGCAAGGUGGUGCUGCGGGCGCCAGGUGACUCGGUGCUCGAGUGGUUCAAGAAGCCGAUCGUGCAGCAGUUCCUGCUCAACGAGAUACCAUCCAAGGCUGACGUCCUGAUGCACAGGCUCAACGUGAUGUUCCCAAGUUCGGCGCCGGAGGUCCGAUCGCUCUCUAUCCCCAGGUCCCUUAGUAUGUCAAGGUGAUGAUGUCUAUCUCUGUAGUACGUCGUUUUAGCUUCAUUCAAGCAGAAUCCAUAUUGGCAUAUUGUAUACUAGUAUAACUUUUUUGUCCAACCAUCAGAGUGAGAACGUUACCCUUGUCCCUGUGUACAAGUACAGUAAUGCUUUAUUGCAAAAUGCAAAUGGCUCGUUCUUGGAUAGGAGUCAGUGACCCAUUCCAUUCCAUUA